AUGACAAAGUACAACCCUGACAGUGUCCCUGCUGAGAAAGUUGUCCAUGUCGACACCAUUGCCAACAAGAGUCUCACGUAUGGGGGCCUCCGGGAACAAGCCGCCAGAUGCGCGUGGGGUCUGCAGCACAGAAUGGGAAUCAAGGAACAGGACAAACUGUUGGUCAUCCUGCCCAACUCGACCGACUUUGUGAUCCUCGCGCAUGCAACGCUGUGGCUUGGAGCUAUAUUCUCGCCGCUCAACCCGUCCUCAUUAGCAAAGGACAUUGCCCAUGCAUUGUCCCUGGUCCAGCCCAGCCAUAUCGCCAUUGAACCAAGCAAACUUGAGGCUGUCAAUGCUGCGUUUCAGCAGCUGGGUUGGGAAAAACCUACACGUCCGACAAUAUUCACGGUGCUGAGAAGAUCGGGUAGUCUCAAACUGUUUCCCGACGACAUCGCGGGCCAAGCCCCUGACCAGACGCUUCCGAUGUUCGACCUCCGAGGAAGAAGCACCAAAGAUGUGACGGGCAUGAUUGUGUUCUCAUCUGGAACGACUGGGAAAAUCAAGGGCGUCCAGUUGUCACAUUACAGUAUCGUCUCCAAUAUCAUUCAAACACGCAUCUCAAUGCCUUGGAUGAUGAAUCACGCCUCCCGAGAAGUCUUCUUUCCACCGUACUGCCACGUCUAUGGCCUCGGGGUUGUGGUGUUUUGUGGCAUGUGGGUGGGCUCGUUCACCUGCGCAAUCCCGGCCUUUGACCUGGACUUGUUCUGCCGGAAGAUGGAAGAACACAGAGCCACAUGGGCGCACAUCGUUCCGCCCGUUGCCAUUCAACUUGCGAGUUCGGAUAUUGCUGCAAAAUAUGAACUGUCGUCGAUACAGAUCAUCCUCAUCUCGGCCGCUCCGACCAAAAGAGACCUUCAGAUGAAAUUAAAAGCAAGGUUUGGGAGGGAUGUCAAGAUCGUGCAGGGGUAUGGAAUGUCUGAAUGUUCCCCAACAGUACUGUUGCAGAGUCCUUUUGAUGACGAGAACAAUAUCGGAACGGCGGGGAAACCAGUGUGUGGAACUGAACUUCGACUUGUCGACCCAGUGACACUCAAGGAUGUUGCACCAGGUGAAGAAGGCGAACUUUGGGUUAGAGGCCCUCAGACAAUGAUGGGAUACUACAACAAUGAACAAGCCACGCGAGAGACUUAUGUAGGCGAUUGGCUCCGAACCGGCGAUAUCAUGCGAGUGGAUGAGAAUGGCAACUUCUGGGUCACAGAUCGGUUGAAAGAGCUGAUAAAGUAUAAGGGCUUCCAAGUGCCACCCUCGGAACUCGAAGACCUUCUCUUAAAACACCCCUCAGUGGUCGACGCUGCUGUGACAUCCAUCUACUCGGACGAGCAAGCCACGGAACUUCCUAUUGCAUACGUGACCCUUCCGCCCAAGACACCGGCGUCUCAAAAACAGAGACUCCUUGCUGAAAUUCGCGAAUGGGCCGACGGGCAGGUGGCGGGCUACAAGAAGCUGCGCGGUGGAGUGCUUGAACUGCAAAAUCUGCCGAAGACGCCGUCGGGAAAGAUCUUGAGAAGAGAGUUGCCGUGUAAAAAGGUAGAGGCAGCGGGGAGAGCCGCGAAGAUUUGA